CCCUCCUACCUUACCUCCCUUACCUCCCUCCACCCGUCCAACUCCAUCCAUACUAACACUUCCCCUUCCAGCGCCCACGCCGCCUGGUCGCGCAUCACCCAAAUAGCCGACAUCAUCCACCCCAAAUCCACCUCCCGCUCGUCCUUCCUCCAAGAAUGUGCCUCGGGCGCCUUCUCCUCCUGCCUCCUAGCCUACCGCACCUUCGACUCCACUUCCCUCACCGGCCCCCUCGAUUCCCAGUUACUCUCCGCCCUGCCCCCCUCUCUUAGGUUCAUCAUCCACGUCGGCGCCGGCUACGACGCCAUUUCGAUCCCCGCUGCUACCGCGCGCGGGAUCAAGGUGUCAAACACCCCCGGCGCGGUGGACGAGGCGACAGCCGAUUGUGCGCUUUUUUUGUUGUUGGGGGCUAUGAGGAAUUUCAAUGCGGGGAUGACGGCGCUAAGGAGGGGGGAGUGGCGCGGGGGGACCGAGGAAGAGGUGCAGACACAAAAAAGGGGGGUGAGGAUGCCGGGACUGGGGAGGGAUCCUAGGGGGAAGACAUUGGGGAUUUUGGGCAUGGGCGGGAUUGGCAAGUGUUUGGCGCGAAAAGUGGCGGGGGCGUUUGGGAUGAGGGUGAGGUACUUGAAUCGGAGGAGGGAUGAGGAGGGGGAGAGGGAGUUGAGAGACCAAGGGGUGGAGGUUGAGUGGGUUGAGACGAUGGAGGAACUUUUGGGGGGGAGUGAUGUUUUGAGUUUGAAUUUGCCUUUGAAUGCCGAAACAAGACACAUCAUCUCCACCAAGGAAUUCGCGAUGAUGAAGCGGGGGGUAGUCAUCAUCAACACCGCUCGCGGAGCGGUGAUGGACGAGGCGGCGCUGGUGGAAGCGUUGGAGUCUGGACAGGUGCACUCGGUUGGUUUGGACGUGUACGAGAACGAGCCGGAAAUUCACCCGGGUUUGCUGGCGAACCCGAAUGUCAUGUUGGUGCCGCACAUGGGGACGUGGACGGUCGAGACGGAGACCAAGAUGGAGGAGUGGGCGAUUAGUAAUGUGCGGAUGGCGAUUGAGGAAGGGAAGUUGAGGAGUAUUGUGCCGGAGCAGAGGGAUAUGCAAUGA